AAAAAAGAAACAUACAACAGCCGGUGUUCGCUGAUGGUCUCCCACUCAACUACUGAUCUGCCGGUUAGUGGCUUGUCUCUGGGGGAGCAGACGAGACCCCGAAUUCUCCACUACCUAUGGUCGUAUGUGCUUGGCGACACGAAGAGUCUCCUCAUAGAGGAA